AUGCGGUGCAAGACUAACUCUUUUAUUCAUGCGUUUUUUAAAAGCACUCACGGGGAGACUUUGUUCUUGUUUGGGAAGAAUUUCUCAAAGGCGUCUACGUCGUCAUCUCGAGUCGUUCGUGAUGAAAUCUUCGUAAACUCGAAUAAGAUGAACAACUUGAACAACAACAACGGGAGGAAGUGUUUUACCACGACGACGACAACAAAAAACGCGUUGUCUGAAUCGUUUUUGUCGUCUCCCGGUGGUUCCUUCUCUCUCGGGGCAAUGAAACGAUUGUUGCUUUUCUCAUCCGGAAGAGAUUCUUCUUUUUCUUGGAACGCUUUGAAGAAGAGAGGAGGGACUUUGACGACUACGAAAAGAAGAUUCAGCGGAAGCGGCGCAAACUCUCCGUCGUCGUCGGAAAAAGCCUCGAAAAAAGCCGCGGAGAACGCGGCAAAAGCGGACCAGCUUUUAAAAGCGUCGAAGAAUGGUAAACUUGGUAAUGGUAACGGCGGUACGAACAACUCGAACGGGAGCACCGGGAACACGGCGCCUCCCGGCGGCGGCAAUAAUAAUAAUAAGAAAGGCGGCGAGAAGAAGAGCAACAACAACAACGAGAGCGAUGAGAAGCCAAAAUCGUUCGCGGAGCUUUUGCAGUCGCAGCAAGUCGCCGGGCAAUUAGGUUUACUUCUUUUGCUCGGCUUGGGGGUGUCCUUCUCUCGAGCCGGGCAAUCGGACGCGAGAGAAAUCUCGUUUCAAGAAUUCAAGACGAAACUGUUGGAGCAAGGAUUGGUCGAUCGAAUCGAAGUGUCGAAUAAAUCCACCGCGAAGGUUUUCUUAAAGAAUAAAAGUGGAGCGAGCUUGUUGUCGAACACGAGUGGAGGAUCCGUCGUGGAUGGCUUCGAUUCCGGAGGAAGUUUCGGAACCGCUGGACAAAAUCAACAACAACAAAAUCAACAACAACAACAGAAUCAACAAACGCACAAGUUUUCCUUCAACAUCGGUUCGUUAGAAACGUUUGAACGGAAAAUGGAAGAAGCUCAAGAACUCAUGGGCGUGGAAUCGUCGAAAUUUGUCCCGGUGACGUACGUCUCAGAAAUGUACUGGCAAGGCGAAAUCUUGCGCGCGUUGCCGACGAUUGCCAUUUUAGCGGGAUGGUUGUACUUUAUGCGCAGAGGCGCGGUUGGCGGUAUGGGUGGAAUGGGCGGUGGUGGUGGUGGACCGGGUGGAGGUAUCUUUAACGUCGGUAAAGCGACGAUCGCGACAUUGGAUAAAAACGCGCCAAAGGUGAUGUUCAAAGACGUCGCCGGGUGCGACGAGGCAAAGAGGGAAAUCAUGGAGUUUGUCGAUUUCUUAAAAUCACCGGAAAAGUACGAAAAGUUGGGCGCGAAGAUCCCGCGAGGUGCUCUCUUAGUCGGUCCGCCGGGGACUGGGAAAACUUUACUCGCAAAAGCUACGGCGGGUGAAUCUGGCGUUCCGUUCUUAUCUAUUUCCGGUUCCGACUUUAUGGAAAUGUUCGUCGGCGUCGGUCCUUCGCGAGUUCGCGACUUGUUCGCCAAAGCCAAGGAGCAAAAACCUUCGAUUAUUUUCAUCGACGAAAUCGACGCGAUUGGCCGACAAAGAGGAAGAGGUGGUUUCGCCGGCGGCAACGAUGAGCGAGAAAACACGUUGAAUCAGUUAUUAGUCGAGAUGGACGGUUUCGGGUCGACUCAAGGCGUCGUCAUUCUCGGAGGGACGAACCGUCCGGACAUUUUAGAUAAGGCGUUGUUGAGACCGGGGAGAUUCGAUCGACAAAUUACCGUCGACCGACCGGACGUGAAAGGUAGAGAGCAAAUCUUUCGAGUGCAUUUACAGAAAAUUACGUUAGAUGGACCGGUUGCGGAUUAUUCGGAACGAUUAGCCGCGUUAACGCCUGGAUUUGCGGGCGCGGACAUUGCCAACGUCUGCAACGAAGCCGCGUUGGUCGCCGCGCGGGAUGCCGCGGAAUUCGUCGUCUUGGAACACUUUGAAAGAGCGGUCGAUCGCGUCAUCGCUGGUUUAGAGAAGAAGGAAAAAGUCAUCUCUCGGGUGGAACGAGAAACCGUCGCGUAUCACGAAGCUGGUCACGCCGUAGUCGGUUGGUUCAUGGAACACGCCGAGCCUUUGUUAAAAGUCUCCAUCGUCCCGAGAGGUUCCGCAGCCUUGGGGUUUGCCCAAUACCUCCCGAAUGAAAACGUUUUAGCGACCACGGAACAGUUAAGCGACAUGAUGUGCAUGACGCUCGGUGGUCGCGCCGCGGAAGACGUCAUGCUUGGAAAAAUCUCCACGGGUGCGCAAAACGAUCUCGAAAAAGUCACGAAAAUGGCGUACAACAUGACGGCGGUGUACGGCUUGAACCAAAAGAUUGGUUUACUCUCCUUUCCGAAAGGCGACAACGAUUUCAAAUCGCCGUACAGCGAAGACACCGCUCGAAUGAUUGACGAGGAAGUUCGAGAGUUAGUAGAUAAAGCGUAUCUGCGAACGGUCGCGUUAGUUCGAGAAAAAAAAGCCGUCGUCGAAAGUUUAGCGAGAGCGUUGUUAGAUAAAGAGGUGUUGCAAAGACACGACUUGGUCAAAGUCUUGGGCGAGAGGCCGUUUAAAUACGAAGGGCAACAAAACAUCGACAUCUUAAACCAAGGAUUUAGGGACGAAAAGUUGUUGCCGAAAACUCCCUCUUCUUCCGAAGAUGCGGCGACGAAUGAUAACGACGAAGACUCAAAGAAGGAAGAUGGCGACGCGAGCAUUCCAGUGACUCCCAUUCCCGUCGUUUGA